GCAGUCUCCGUCACCUCCUCCAUUAUUUCUUCACCCUUUACAACCAUUCCUUCAUAGUUUUUCUGUAUCCCAUCAAGCUUUGGAUCUCCACCACCAUCAUCAAUGGCGUCAAUCAGCUCUCUCAAGCUAGUUUCGUCUCUCAACCUCUCCAACAAGACAUCCAUCUCAUCCUCCCAAUCAUCGAACCUAUUGGGGUUCACUCACUCACAGGCCUUCUCUACCCAACCAAUGACCAAUUUCUCAUCAAUCAAACAAAAUUUCUCCACCGGAACUAGCUCAAAGGCCACCACCACUGCACUUUUCUUCAACAAAUCUAAAUCCCAUCAAGAAUCGGCAAGGCCAACGAAAAUUCAGGAACUAACCGUGUACGAGAUCAACGAGCGAGACCGAUCGAGUCCGGCUGUUCUCAAACUGAGUCAAAAACCAGUCAACGCGCUCGGCGACCUUGUGCCUUUCACUAACAAGCUCUACAGCGGAGAUUUGAAGAAGAGAUUGGGCAUAACCGCAGGUCUCUGCGUCCUGAUCCAGCACGUGCCGGAGAAAAAGGGGGACCGUUACGAGGCCAUCUACAGCUUCUACUUCGGCGAUUACGGCCAGAUCUCGGUGCAGGGAUCGUAUCUGACUCACCAGGACACCUUCCUGGCCGUCACCGGAGGAACGGGGAUUUUCGAAGGGGUGUACGGACAAGUCAAAUUGCAACAGCUGGUAUUUCCUUUUAAGCUGUUCUACACUUUCUACUUGAAGGGAAUAGCAGAUUUGCCGGCCGAUCUUGUGUGGACGUCGGUGCCUCCGGCACCGACCAUCGAGCCAUCCUCGAAUGCGAAGGCACUGGAGCCUAACGCCUGUAUCCCCAACUUCACCGAUUAAUGCUCUGUUUGGCUGGCUCUCUCGGCGAACUAGCUGAAGGUUUUUUUUUGUGUAUUAGAGUAUUAAGCUAGUUCAUGCUGAAAUUAAAUAAUCUGAGAGAUCAUAUAAAUGUAAUACAGCUGUUGCGGAUUCAAUUAUAUCUUUGUGUGUGUUUUUUUUGAUGAAUUUAAUUAAUGCAUUUUGCCA